AUGGAUGACGAGCGGCUUGAGGGACAAGCCCGGACUAAUAAAACGCGUCGGCCUAGGCAAGACAUGGUGCCAGCUGUUAGAGAUAACCGCGCGGAACACUCUGCGGGUCUCUUCAAAGGCCCAGUCGUCAAGGCUGUAACAACCGGCGUGCAACCCGAGCCCAAGCAGAGCAUAUCGACAACCUCGUCCCGUCGAGUUCUUCCACCGCCUUUUGGGGAGACCUUGGGUAGCUUGUUCUCAUUCUUCCCAUCUCGCUGGGACCGUCUUCCCCUAGAGCCUGUUCAGGGGAGCCAGAAGCGCAAGAAGGGAGACCACCGUGACGCCAGACACGGCGUGCAUACCUCUCCUGCCGGCAACCUGGAACGUCCCCCGUCUAUCACCGCUUGCUCCACGGGCGCCAACUUCGGCACACUCUGGCCCACUCCCAAAGGAAUAAGCGCCUCUGAUCCCCCGUCCACGCCCGUCAAACGCCAGCGUACCGACAACUGUUCCAACCAAGCCUUCGGCAGGUUACACAGGCGACACUGGGUUCGACACGGGGAGCGAGCCGCCCUGAAGUGGAAGAACUGUGGCCGCCAUCGGGAGCUUGAAAAGCAGCUCCUCAACGCCACAGAUAGGACUGGGCCUUACCGCACUCGGCUCGUCCGCGCCGAGCGGGAGGGUCGCAAGUUGUCCGACACGAAACUGCAGUUGGCCGCCGAGGCAGCGAGUCGCGACGACAAGAUCAAAUCCCUGCGCAAGGCCAAGGCGAGAAGCCACAACGCGGUCCAAGAUCUAACAGACGACUGCCAAGCUCAGAAUGAGCCGAUUCGCGUUCUGGCCGACAAGCUUCAUACUAUCGCCAACACCCACGUCCAGGCCAUUACGACGGGCGAGCCACCGGAGGACGAAGAGGUGGGCUCGGAUGGGCUCAAGGAAGCAGUCGACAUGAGUGCUAGCGUCCAACGCUCUCCGGCUGCCAACAACCACCCAUUGCACCUGAGCCGUCCUCCGUCAGCGCCCGUCGCCACCGGUCCUCUGUGUCACCGUGACGAGUCCGUCAGCGCCCGUCGCCACCGGUCCUCUGCGUCACCGUGA